AUGGCCAGCUCCCGUAGUAAUAAGACUACGACUUCAGCAUCGCGGAACAUCACCGGCAUUGUCGACAAGUACACGUCACCAGCCUUGGGGUCAUCACCACCAGGAUACUCGCGGCGGUCGUAUGAUCCUAUUCUGAGCGGUCAUGGACACGGUGAUGUUAGCACAUCGCCAUCACCAUCCCUAUACCCCCUAUCAGACUCCAGAAGAGCAAACCUCCAUCAAUCAACAUCCACGCAUUCAGGCUACCUCGACCGCGCCCAACUCUUCGGUCGCACGCCUAUCCAACAUCAACGCAACCGUUCGUCGCGUACCCCGACUGGUGAGUGGGCGGAAGCGGGUCUUCCUGAGCCACCUAUCGAGGCGAGUAGGGUUAGCGCGGAUAAUGCUGAGGGGUUGGUGUGUACGCCUGGUGGUAUAACGACGAUGGGGGUUGAGGAAGAUACACCGGGGAGGUUUUCACCUAAGGCGAAGGAACGUAUUGGGAGGAAGACGGAGACUGCUGAAGAUGCGUUAAGGGAGCAGUUUGAGAAGGGUAGGGUAGAGCUGGCUAGAGAUCUUGCGCGGCGAAGUAGUUCGAAGAGGGAGGCGAAGUGGGCUGGGAGGGGCUUUGAUGCGCGUCGUGGAGGGUAUGUGUCGCCUAAGACGCUGUCGGUGGCAUCGGAUGAUGAAGAAGAGGAGUUUGGGUAUGUGGUUCCGGCGAGUGUUAGGGAUGUACUUGCGAGGGUGAAGGCGAGGGAGGCGGCUGGACGUACUCAAUCGCCCUUUGAUGGUUCACAGCGUAAGAGGGAUGGAGGUAGGCCGAGAGAAAGUUAUUCCGACGUCGGUGUUCCGCGCCGCAGUAAGAAUGCACUCCUCGCCAAUCCAUCGGAUCCAGAUAAGCCUUUACCAAAACUUCCGAAUCGCCGUGUCUUUUCGCUAGUCGAACCGCCGCCCAUGAAGAAACCAACUCGGAAGCGCUUAUCUCGAGCCAGCAAUCGAACGGACCUCUCGUUCUCGCCCAUCACCCCUGCCAUCAACGUGGCUCCCCAGCCAACACGCCAGGAUCUCGAUAUCACGCCCGUUUCCACCUAUCUCUCCUUCAGCUCCUUCAGCUCCGUCACAACAACAAUAUCCCAACCACCUACUCUUCCACACAACCGCACUGGUCUCACAUUCUCCCAAGCAAUCGCAAUAAUCUACGGCUGCAUGGCCAUAACAGCAUCAUACCAAGCGCUCCUCGGUCUAGGCGGAGAUAUCGCUGCUAUGGACUUGAUCACGGGUCUAUACAGGGCUUUCCUUCUUGGCAUCACUGUCUGUGUAGCUCUACAGGUGCUGUUAGGUGCUGGACUGUAG